ACGUAUGCCGCCGGCGCGGGCGGGUGACGCGGCAGGGCCCGUUGUCUGUGUGGGGGGCUAGGAGCCCCGGGGGCGGCGGGGGGCUCCCGGCGGGGGCGGCAGUGGGUCGGGGGGCCUGGACAUGGCGCUGAGGGGCCGCCCCGCGGGAAGAUGAAUAAGGGCUGGCUGGAGCUGGAGAGCGACCCUGGCCUCUUCACCCUCCUGGUGGAAGAUUUUGGUGUCAAAGGGGUGCAGGUGGAGGAGAUCUAUGACCUUCAGAGCAAAUGCCAGGGCCCUGUGUAUGGAUUCAUCUUCCUGUUCAAAUGGAUCGAAGAACGCCGAUCCCGUCGCAAGGUCUCUACCUUGGUGGAUGAUACAUCUGUGAUUGAUGAUGAUAUUGUGAAUAACAUGUUCUUUGCCCACCAGCUGAUCCCCAACUCUUGUGCCACUCAUGCCCUGCUGAGUGUGCUCCUGAACUGCAGCAGUGUGGACCUGGGGCCUACCCUGAGUCGCAUGAAGGACUUCACCAAAGGCUUCAGCCCUGAGAGCAAAGGAUAUGCAAUUGGCAAUGCUCCGGAGCUGGCCAAGGCACAUAAUAGCCAUGCCAGGCCCGAGCCACGCCACCUCCCUGAGAAGCAGAAUGGCCUUAGUGCAGUGCGGACCAUGGAGGCAUUCCACUUUGUCAGCUAUGUGCCUAUCACAGGCCGGCUUUUUGAGCUCGAUGGGCUGAAGGUCUACCCCAUUGACCAUGGGCCCUGGGGGGAGGAUGAGGAAUGGACAGACAAGGCCCGGCGGGUCAUCAUGGAGCGUAUCGGCCUUGCCACUGCAGGGGAGCCCUACCAUGACAUCCGCUUCAACCUGAUGGCGGUGGUGCCUGACCGCAGGAUCAAGUAUGAGGCCAGGCUGCAUGUGCUGAAGGUGAACCGUCAGACAAUACUGGAGUCGCUGCAGCAGCUGAUUAGGGUAACCCAGCCAGAGCUGAUUCAAACCCACAAGUCUCAAGAGUCACAGUUGCCUGAAGAGUCCAAACCAGUCAGCAGCAAGUCCCCGCUUUCGGUGGAAGCAAACAGGGCCUCAGUGGCCUCUGAGGGCACUCACACAGAUGGUGUGGAGGAAGUGGCUGGUUCAUGCCCACAAGCCCUGACCCACAGCCCUCCCAGCAAACCCAAGCUGAUGGUGAAGCCUCCAGGGAGCAGCCUCAAUGGGGUUCCCCCCAACCCCACUCCGAUUGUCCAGCGGCUGCCAGCCUUUCUGGACAAUCACAACUAUGCCAAGUCCCCCAUGCAGGAGGAGGAAGACCUGGCAGCAGGCGUGGGCCGCAGCCGAGUUCCAAUCCGCCCACCCCAGCAGUAUUCAGACGAUGAGGAUGACUAUGAGGAUGACGAGGAGGAUGACAUGCAGAAUACCAACUCCGCCAUCAGGUAUAAGCGAAAGGGUCCAGGGAAGCCAGGGCCAUUGAGUGGCUCUGGAGAUGGGCAGCUCUCCGUGCUGCAGCCCAACACCAUCAACGUCUUAGCUGAGAAGCUCAAAGAAUCUCAGAAAGACCUGUCCAUUCCUCUGUCCAUCAAGACGAGCAGCGGGGCUGGGAGUCCGGCUGUGGCAGUGCCCACACACUCGCAGCCCUCACCCACCCCCAGCAAUGAGAGCACAGACACAGCCUCUGAGAUUGGCAGUGCUUUCAAUUCACCACUGCGCUCGCCCAUCCGCUCGGCCAACCCCACGCGGCCGUCUAGCCCCGUCACCUCCCACAUCUCCAAGGUGCUGUUUGGAGAGGACGACAGCUUGCUGCGUGUUGACUGCAUACGCUACAAUCGCGCUGUACGUGACCUGGGUCCUGUUAUAAGCACGGGCCUGCUGCACCUGGCUGAGGAUGGCGUGCUGAGUCCCCUAGCACUGACAGAGAGUGGGAAGGGUUCCUCCCCUUCUGUCAGACUGAGCCAAAGCAGCCAUGGGUCUGGCAGCCCGGAGGAGAAGGACGUGGUAGAAGCUAUGGAUGGCAGAGAGAAGCCUGGGUUGGUCAGGCCUGGCGAGCCUUUGAGUGGGGAGAAGUAUUCACCCAAGGAGCUGCUGGCAUUGCUGAAGUGUGUGGAAGCUGAGAUCGCAAACUAUGAGGCCUGCCUCAAGGAAGAAGUGGAGAAGAGGAAGAAGUUCAAGAUUGACGACCAGAGAAGGACUCACAACUACGAUGAGUUCAUCUGCACCUUCAUCUCCAUGCUGGCUCAGGAAGGCAUGCUGGCCAACCUAGUGGAGCAGAACAUCUCAGUGCGGCGGCGCCAGGGCGUCAGCAUUGGUCGGCUCCACAAGCAGCGGAAGCCCGACCGGCGGAAACGGUCACGCCCCUACAAAGCCAAGCGCCAGUGAGGACUGCUGGCCCUGACCCUGCCACCUGCUCUUGCCGCGUGGCCCUCACCAGGGCUCCUUCCCUGCCCCAGUCCCCCUCUUCCCAGUAUUACCGAAUAGUUCCGGUCACAGAGCCCAGACUCUGGGAAUGGGAGCCAGGCUGGGAUUCUCUGCGUUCAGUGCUCUGGAAGCAGCAGCUGGAGCUGGGGCACAGUGAGGUGCUGCAGCCUCCUCCACAGCUGGCUGUGGAGCGGUAGGACCUGGCCUUUCUGCCUGGGCAGCAGAAUACAUAUAUUUUACCUACAGAGACAUCUAUUUUUCUGGGCUCUAACCCAUCUUGCCACCACUGUGUUGCAUAGUCAGCUUCCUGACUCUGCAUUCUCACCUAACAGGUGUCAUCCUGGAGAGCUGGGGUCACUCCUACAGGGUCAAAGCUGGGGGCCUGGUUGGGCAGUGGGCCCUCUGCUCUCGCCCCUGUUGUGAUGAGGUCAGGUCUGCUCUUCACUCCUGGGAGAGCUCCAAACUCAGGGACCCGGCUGCUGGGCUAGACUGGGAGUGCGGUGUCCCAGCAGGGUAUGAGCAGCCUGUUGUGUGCCCUUGACCUGAGCAGAGAGAAGUGUUUGAGCUGUGUGGUGGCCUGUAAACUUCCUGGUUCCGGCAGGCUUGUCCAGACUGCUCUCUGUGGCAGGCCCUGGGCUCUUUUGUCUUCAGUGUUGUGGCCCUGGCAAGUGGCCUGCCUUGGGCUCCUGGGGUCUAUCCCUGGGGCUCAGAGGAGCCCCUUGCCCAGCCCCUCAGUAUUACCGUGUCUCCCUCCUCUUUGGGGCAGUAGAGACAGGGGUGCUGGCGGGAAGCUGGCACCACUCAGCUCUCCUUGCUGUGCCAGCUUUCUCAGUCUCUGCAAGGCACUCAGGGUGGGGGACAGCAGGACCAGGACAACCAGUUGGAGCCCCCCAUGUUCCCAGGGGGCAUGAUGCCAAGGGCUAAUGGGCCCAGCACUGCCUCUAGAGCUUGGGCCCCAAAUGUGGCCUUGUGGCUUCUGUCAUGUGGCUUUGAAGGUGAUCCAAGCAGGCCCCUUAUCUGUACAUAGUGACCUGGGGUAGUUGGCGGCUGACAGGCAUGGCAGCUGCCUCUCUACGCUAAAUGUAACGCAACCCUUCUGGCCCCUGUAAAUAUUGGAUCAAUGAAUGAAUAAAACUCCUAAGAAAUGA